GGCCUCCUCCUCGAUACCCAACACACAAAUCUCCACUCAAUUCUUACGGCUCAAUCGCCAGAAACUUUUUAUCAGCGCAUGUCCAGUCAGCCAAAGCCCCUCCUCAACGGUGCAAAGAUCAAGCAAAGGAAAAGAGCUCAAGCAGCUUCCGCAAAGUUUGAGCCGAGCGUUUUUCGUGAUCAGAUUUUCAAGGAUCUCGCAACUGUAAGCGAGGGUGAUUAUGAUUCUGUCUACCAGAAAUUAGACAAGGCCGGAAACGUUCUUGACUACCACAAGUAUGGUGAGACUCUCUGGGAACUCCUUCUCACUGGAUCCCUCCUCCAGCCCGGAGGUGUCCUCGACACUUCUGAGCGCCUUCCUUUCAACAUCUUCGACUCCGCCAGCAACGAAGACGUGAUUAAGCGUGUCGAUGUUUUCAACCGCCUUAUCCGUCGUUACAAGUACCUCCAGCGUGUCAUGGAGGAGACUCUGAGGAACAUCCUUCAGUUCGUGAACAAAUGGUCCACGACCCAGGAGGCUCAGGUUGAGCGCCUCGCCGUCGCUGUCGGAAAUGCCUGUGCUCUUCAGCUCUUGCCUUUGGGAGUUUUGAACGUCCUUGCAAAGGAGCACCUGGUAAAGGAUGGUCUUUCUCUUACCUUCGUUACCAUCGUGUUGCAGAGCUUGUUGAAGGCUCAGUCUGCCGAUGCUUUUACCGUGCAGCUCAAGAAGUCCGAUAUCACCGACAUCUUGAACUUUUUCCCUCCUGGCCAGCGCAGCAACGCUAAUGUUGCUGAGCACUUUGACGCCAAGGGCUUGAAUGCUGUCACCCAGUACCACAACCUUAAGUCUACCAACUUCUUCAAGGAGGAAUUCACCGCUCAUGUUAGGGAGCUUAUUGAUGAAGAGAAGACCCCUGAUGAGGUUAUUGAAUACCUCGGUGAGCAGAAGAAGAAGUUUACCAUGGCCAACGAUGCCUUCGUUGCUUUGGUCUGGAACGCCCUCAUCGCCACUAUUGACAUGUCCGCCAAGUCCGACACCUUGGAGGCCACCACUUUGAAGUUCAUCAACAAGUUUUCGCCCACCUUCGCCGCUUUCGCGACGACCCCCCAGACCGAGCUCGCCCUUGUCCAGACGGCCCAGCUCACCUGCUACGAAAUCGCUGCUUUGCAGAAGUCUUUCGUGAAGAUUGUACAGUUGCUCUACAAGAACGACGUUGUCUCUGACUCCGCCAUCAUGUACUGGUACGAGAAGGGAGCGAAGCCUCAAGGAAAGAGCUCGUUCUUGAACAGCAUGCAGAAGUUUGUUGAAUGGUUGCAGGAGGAUGAGGAGAGCGACGAGGAGUAAGUCCAUGCAGGAGGAGGAAAGAUUCGGUCUGUGAGGUGGUUGUUGCAUCUUUGCAUUCGUUUGGGGAGAGGACCAUUGGGCCAUUUGGGCUUUGUUUUCUGUUUUUAGUCGUCUUGUUUUCCUCUUGUUGCCAGUGU